AUGUCAAUUAUAAAUCUUGGAUUACAAAAUGUAGCAUUAAAGAGAAGUGAUAUGAGUCUUGAUUCUGAAAUAAUAUUUAAAAGUUUAGGAACAAUAGAAGAUAUUCGAAAUGCAUCAUCAUUUAAUCAAACUUUAAGUGAAGAAUUAAAAAUGGCUAUUAAAAAUACCCAAAAAACUUUAGAAACUAGAACUGAACGAUUAAAAUUGAAAAAUCAAAAGUUUAAAUGCAUUGAACCAGCCGCUUUGGAAGAAAUAAAUGGUUUAUUUGAAAUUUUAGGUGAAAAAAUUGAUAAUACCGUUACUCAAAAUGGUACCUCACAAAACAAACUUCGUACUUGUGUUGAUUUACAAAAAUUCAUCAAAUCACACUGUUUAAUCCAAGAAUAUUCAUUUCAGAUUAAAAAAUGUGGAGAAAGUGAUUGUUUAAUUUGUGAUCCUGUUCGAUUAACACAUGAAAUUUUUAAUCAAUUACAUUAUAUACCAGAUCCACAAAUUUCAAGUAAUCCCGAUCAUUAUCAGGAUUUUGAUUCAUUGUAUGGGCAAAAUACCACUGAAAAAGAUAUUCCAAGUAAAAAAAAUCAUCAUGAAUGCAAAGAACUUGCUCCAAGUGGAAUUUUGGUUGCUGCAAGGGUUCGUGAUUUUGUUUUUUGCAUUUCUUGCUCAAAAUUACGCUGUCUGUUUAGCCAAUAUGUAUUAGAUGAUUCUGAUUAUGAAGCAUUGCAAACAGCCAUGGAAACAUUUGCAUAUACAUGUGGUUCACCAAUUGUUCCAGAAAAUCAUUUUUUAUAUGACAAGGUUUUCGUUAGGAUGAAUUUAACUUGUAAUUUACCAAUUGAGCAGGUGUAUUAUUCUUGUAAGAUUGAACAUUCACAGAUAUGUUAUUAUUGUGGUGAAGAAGAUAAUCUUGUUGAACUAUUACAAGAAAUUUUAUCUCAAUUUCAAACAGUAUAUCCUUUAUGUGAAGUUUGUCAAGAAAGAGGAAAGAAUUUUUUUACAAAAGGCAAAAUACAAAUGUGA